GGCGCCGGCGGGCAGACCGGGAAAAAGGUCGGGGCCAUGGGCCGGCGCUGCGCCUUGCGAGGGUCGGGCCUCUGCUGGAAUCCGAGGCCGGGGCUGGGGGUGCUGGGCCCCGACCCUCGGGCCGGGUGAGGGGCGCCUGCCCUAGGCUAGAGGUGGAGCGGAGGCCGCGCAGCCGGCCCAGCGCCUCCAAGAUGCUCAUCAAGGAGUACCACAUCCUGCUGCCCAUGAGCCUGGACGAGUACCAAGUGGCCCAGCUCUACAUGAUCCAGAAAAAGAGCCGGGAGGAGUCUAGUGGUGAGGGCAGCGGUGUGGAGAUCCUGGCCAACCGGCCCUACACGGAUGGGCCUGGAGGCAGUGGGCAGUACACGCACAAGGUGUACCACGUUGGCUCCCACAUCCCAGGCUGGUUCCGGGCCCUGCUGCCCAAAGCUGCCCUGCAGGUAGAGGAGGAAUCCUGGAAUGCUUAUCCCUACACCCGAACUCGGUACACCUGUCCCUUCGUGGAGAAAUUCUCCAUUGAGAUAGAGACCUAUUACCUGCCUGAUGGGGGGCAGCAGCCAAAUGUCUUCAACCUGAGUGGGGCUGAGAGGAGGCAACGCAUUCUGGACACCAUCGACAUUGUGCGGGAUGCGGUGGCCCCUGGCGAGUACAAAGCAGAAGAGGACCCCAGGCUGUACCGCUCAGUCAAGACAGGCCGAGGGCCACUGGCUGAUGACUGGGCCCGGACAGCAGCCCAGACGGGCCCCCUCAUGUGUGCCUAUAAGCUGUGUAAGGUUGAGUUCCGCUACUGGGGCAUGCAGGCCAAGAUCGAGCAGUUCAUCCACGACGUUGGUCUGCGUCGGGUGAUGCUUCGAGCCCACCGCCAGGCCUGGUGCUGGCAGGACGAGUGGACAGAGUUGAGCAUGGCUGACAUCCGGGCACUUGAGGAAGAGACUGCACGCAUGCUGGCCCAGCGCAUGGCCAAGUGUAACUCAGGCAGUGAGGGACCUGAGGCCCAGCCCCUUGGGAAGUCCAGCACGGAGGCUCGGCCUGGGUCCCACAAUGCUGGCACCCCUGAUGGGCCCGAGGUCCCCACAGGCCCCGAUGCCUCACCCGAUGCCAGCUUUGGGAAGCAGUGGUCUUCCUCCUCCCGUUCCUCCUAUUCAUCCCAGCAUGGAGGGGGCGUGUCUCCCCAGAGCUUGUCUGAAUGGCGCAUGCAGAACAUAGCCCGAGACUCUGAGAACAGCUCGGAGGAGGAGUUCUUCGAUGCCCACGAAGGCUUCUCAGACAGUGACGAGGUCUUCCCCAAGGAGAUGACCAAGUGGAAUUCCAAUGACUUUAUCGACGCCUUUGCCUCCCCAACCGAGGCAGAGGGGGCUCCUGACCCAGGAACCGAGACUGCUAAAGUCAUUGAAGAUGGGGCCCGAGCACCCAGGGACUCAGAGGGCCCAGAUGGAGCAGGGGACCUGGGGACCGAGGCGUGCGCAGUGCACGUGCUCUUCCUCAUCCUGCACAGCGGCAGCAUCCUGGACUCGGGCCCCGCCGAUGCCAGCUCCAAGCAGGCAGACGUGCAGACGCUGAGCUCUGCCUUCGAGGCCGUCACUCGCAUCCACUUCCCGGAGGCCCUGGGCCACGUGGCUCUGCGACUGGUGCCCUGCCCACCCAUCUGCGCUGCCGCCUAUGCGCUUGUCUCCAACCUGAGCCCCUACAGCCACGAUGGCGACAGCCUGUCCCGUUCCCAGGAUCACAUCCCGCUGGCCGCCCUGCCACUGCUGGCCACCUCAUCCUCCCGCUACCAGGGCGCCGUGACCACCGUCAUCGCUCGCACCAACCAAGCCUACGCGGCCUUCCUGCGCUCGUCAGAGGGCACCGGCUUCUGUGGGCAGGUGGUGCUGAUUGGAGAUGGUGUUGGUGGCAUCCUGGGCUUCGACGCGCUCUGCCACAGUGCCAAUGCGGGCACAGGGAGUCGGGGCAGCAGCCGGCGUGGGAGCAUGAACAAUGAGCUGCUCUCCCCGGAGGUGGGCCCCAUACGAGACCCCCUGGCAGAUGGGGUGGAGGCCCUCGGUCGGGCUAGCCCAGAACCCUCGGCCCUGCCUUCCCAGCGCACCCCCAGUGAUGCGGCCAAUCCUGAGCCGGAGAACUGUCAGAACAGUCUACAGGCAGCCCCCACAACCACCUCUUCCGGGGAGCCCCGGCGAGCAAGCACAGUCUCCUGCCCGCCUGCUGCCAGCUCUCAGCUUCCCGAUGGCCCGGUCAGCGCUGCGCGCCUGGACUUCAAGGUCUCUGGCUUCUUCCUCUUCGGCUCCCCGCUGGGUUUGGUGCUGGCUCUGCGCAAAACCGUGAUGCCCGCCUUGGAGGUGGCACAGAUGCACCCAGCCUGCGAGCAGAUCUACAACCUCUUCCAUGCAGCCGACCCCUGCGCCUCCCGCCUGGAGCCCCUACUGGCCCCCAAGUUCCAAGCGAUUGCCCCACUGGCUGUGCCUCGCUACCAAAAGUUCCCCCUGGGCGAUGGCUCAUCCCUGCUGCUGGCUGAUACAUUGCAAACCCACUCGGGCCUCUUUCUGGAGGAACUGGAGAUGAUGGUGCCCUCAACGCCCACGUCGGCCAGUGGUGCCUUCUGGAAGGGCACUGAGUUAGGCACUGAGCCAACAGCUCAGCCAGCGGCCCCCAGCACCACCAGCGAGGUGGUUAAGAUCCUGGAGCGCUGGUGGGGGACCAAGCGGAUCGACUACUCGCUGUACUGCCCCGAGGCGCUCACCGCCUUCCCCACGGUCACGCUGCCCCACCUCUUCCACGCCAGCUACUGGGAGUCUGCCGACGUGGUGGCCUUCAUCCUACGCCAGGUGAUCAAGAAGGAGCGGCCACAGCUGGCAGAGUGUGAGGAACCAUCCAUCUACAGCCCUGCCUUCCCCAGGGAGAAGUGGCAACGCAAACGCACCCAAGUCAAGAUCCGGAAUGUCACCUCCAAUCAUCGGGCCAGCGACACAGUGGUGUGCGAGGGCCGCCCCCAGGUGCUGAACGGACGUUUCAUGUACGGGCCCUUGGAUGUGGUCACGCUCACCGGAGAGAAGGUGGAUGUCUACAUCAUGACACAGCCGCUGUCAGGCAAGUGGAUCCAUUUUGGCACUGAAGUCACCAACAGCUCGGGCCGUCUUACCUUCCCAGUGCCCGGUGAGCGGGCGCUGGGCAUCGGCGUCUACCCCGUGCGGAUGGUGGUCAGGGGUGACCACACCUACGCCGAGUGCUGCCUCACAGUGGUGGCCCGGGGCACGGAAGCCGUGGUCUUCAGCAUCGAUGGCUCUUUCACCGCCAGUGUCUCCAUCAUGGGCAGCGACCCCAAGGUGCGCGCUGGUGCCGUGGACGUGGUCAGACACUGGCAGGACUCGGGCUACCUGAUCGUGUAUGUGACUGGCCGGCCUGACAUGCAGAAGCACCGCGUGGUGGCCUGGCUGUCCCAGCACAACUUCCCCCAUGGGGUCGUCUCCUUCUGCGAUGGCCUCACUCAUGACCCUCUACGCCAGAAGGCCAUGUUUCUGCAGAGCCUGGUGCAGGAGGUAGAACUGAACAUUGUAGCUGGCUACGGAUCCCCCAAAGACGUUGCUGUCUAUGCGGCACUUGGCCUGUCCCCUGGCCAGACCUACAUUGUGGGCCGUGCUGUGCGGAAGCUGCAGGCGCAGUGCCAGUUCCUGUCAGAUGGCUACGUGGCCCACCUGGGCCAGCUGGAGGCAGGCUCCCACUCUCACGCCCCACCCGGACCCCCAAGGACUGCCCUGGCCAAGAGCAGCUAUGGGGUAGCUGCUCCAGUGGACUUUCUCCGCAAGCAGAGCCAGCUGCUUCGCUCCAGGGGCCCCAGCCAGGCAGAUCGAGAGGGCCCAGGGACCCCGCCGACUACCCUGGCCCGGGGCAAGGCCCGAAGCAUCAGCCUCAAAUUGGACUGUGAAGAGUGACCCCCCCCAAAUGUGGCUGGACCUGGGUUAUUUAUUGACACUUGGAUGCCUGCGUGUGGGAGACUGAGGGCCUAGAGUUGUGGCCCCAGCCAUGGGUCCCCUGGCUAGACACCCUACAUCUGUCUGCUCCUCAGUGUUACUUCCCUUUCUUGGGGGAACCCUGCCCACGGGAGGGGGUGGGGGGAGUGAGCUAGGCCCAGUGGCUUUUUCAGUGUGUGUGAACUCAUAAAAAUAAACACCUGCGUCCACCUGUG